GAUAUCAAUAUACAAAAAGCGCAAAAUCAACUGGCUAUCGAUAUACAGCUUGCAGCCGAACAAUUGCUGAAUGCUAUGACAGUAAAAGGUCUAUUGUUGCCAAACUACCUCAACUUAUCGAUUUGUUUAUCGACGCACCACCACUUUAGAUCUCCAAAUAGCCGGGAAAGUGUCAUGAUAUUCUAAAUUGCAUUUAAAUUGUGCGCAAACGAGAAGCAACAUGUCUAACGAUCAAUGGUCUGAGCUUUUUGCGGCCAAUGAAAAUAUAUGGCUCGACAGCAGUUCAAGUGUAAGCAGGAAACAAAAUGCUUGGCGUACGCAGAAAAUUCUGCUGGCUCACGCAACGCGCAGCAACUUAAAUGAAGCUAUGCACUAUGAGAUUCUUAAAGAGCAUCAGGAAAAACUUGAAAAUUCGAGCAAUGCAGAGUUGUACAUGAAGGAGCGUUUAGCUAGUUGUGAACAGCUUUUAGCGGAGAGUCGUCGAGCUCGUCAUAAUACAAAAAUUGCUGUGGAUUGGUCGCAGUUGCCUUCAAGUACCUCAACUUUUCUACAUUGUCACGGCAAGUAUGAAAGCUGCCGGGGCGAUGAAGUCACAAUUGAUGAACUGCAGCCGGCAACGGCAACAACUAGCGGCAGUGGCAACAAUAGCAGGAGUGCUAACAGCAACAGCAGCCAUAACAGCAACGUGACCAGCUCCAACAAUAGCUUCACUAACAGCAACAACAACAACAUUAAUCAUAACAGCAACAAUGACCACAAUAAUAACGCCAAUAACAGCAACAACAACAGCCGCCUUAACAGCAACAGUAUCGACAACAAUCAAUUAAACCAAAGCCACCUAAAUGCUUCGUCAACUUUUGAAGGCUUCCGCACUGCAAGGGAACAAUUAGUGCUGCAUGAUGCGCUGAAAAACAAUCAAAAUCCGAGCGAUUUAAUGAACUACGGCAAGAAGAAAUCGUUGGGCGGUCGAGGACGUGGUGUAAACGCCAAGUUUGUGCAACCAAUUGGACAAAGUGACAACAAUCCCAGUGGUAGCACUGCACCAGCUGUUAAUCCUGUUGCCGCCGUUCCCAGUGUGUUGCCCUCCCUGGCCCACCUGGAUCCCUUGAUGGUGGAGCAGAUUACACGCGAGAGCAUGCACAAAUAUAAAACCAUAGCUUGGGAGGAUGUUGCUGGCCUGGAAUAUGCCAAGUCCACGUUCAUGGAGACCAUUAUACAUCCAUUACAGCGCCCGGAUCUGUUCAAGGGCGUGCGUCGUCCGCCACGUGGUGUGCUGUUGUUUGGUCCACCGGGCACAGGCAAAACACUCAUAGCCAAAUGCAUUGCCUCGCAGUCGAGAGCGACGUUCUUCAGCAUUAAUCCCUCGUCGCUUACCUCCAAGUGGGUGGGGGAGGGCGAGAAGCUGGUCAAAACGCUAUUUGCUGUUGCAGCAGCCCAUCAGCCAGCAAUUAUUUUCAUGGACGAAGUGGAUUCGUUGCUGUCACAACGCUCGGAUAAUGAACACGAAAGUUCGCGACGCUUGAAGAACGAGUUUUUCAUACAAUUGGAUGGCGCUGCAACCAAUGAGGAUGACAACAUCAUGAUUAUAGGCGCCACAAAUCGUCCGCAGGAAUUGGACGAAGCGGUGCGACGUCGUUUUGUGCGACGCCUUUAUGUGCCGCUGCCUGUGACGCAAGCGCGGCAACAGAUUAUCACCAAUCUGUUGAAGCAAGUGCAGCACAGCCUGAGCGAUGAACAAAUUGAGGGAUUGGCCGAACUCACAGCAGGCUAUUCGGGUGCUGAUAUGGACAGCUUAUGUCGUUAUGCUGCCAUGCAACCGCUGCGCUCACUAAGCAGCUCACAGAUUGAUUCAAUUGAUGCACAACAGUUGCCAGCGGUCACCAUGUCGGACUUUAUGUCCGCUUUGCAACAUGUUUCGAAAAGUGUUUCUCCGGAAGACAUUAAGCGUUAUGUAAGCUGGAAUGAAAUCUACGGCAUCAAGUAUUAACAAAACUACAACAAACCGCAAAUGAAACCUGCUGCCAAACAGUUUCAUUGUAUAUUUUGGUACCAAACAGUAGUAGUCCUAGGCAAGAUCAUAAGUUUUGAAUAGUUUGAAUAGUCGUAAAAUUGGU